AUGUUCAUUUUAGUGGGUGUCUUCUUUCUCCUCAAGAUUCAACUUCUCAUGGCCAAUUACAUUGAUUCCACAUGCUUUUGGAGACUAAACCUGAAUGAAGUCAAUGAUAAAGAUUUGGAUCAAACUUGUUCCUUCAUCCUUGGAGCAGUUCAGAUGCCUAUGGAGAAAGAUUAUUUCAAGGAGACUCUGAAUGUCUUAAAAACAACUAAAAACCACAAAUAUGCUUUGGCAUUGGCGUUUUCAAUGGAUGAAAUCAACAGAAAUCCUGAUCUUUUACCAAAUAUGUCUUUGAUUAUAAAAUAUAAUUUGGGCCGUUGUGAUGGAAAAACUAUGACAAAUACAGCCGAUUUUCUUGAUCAGAAAAAAUAUAAGCGUAUCCCUAAUUAUUUCUGUAAUGAAGAGACUAUGUGUUCAUUUCUGCUUACAGGACCCGAUAUGACCACAUCUUUAUAUUUUCAGAUGUUCCUGGACAUUUUCUUAUCUCCACAUUUCCUUCAGCUUACCUAUGGACCUUUCAGUUCCAUCAUCAAUGAUAGUGAAAAAUAUCCCUAUGUCUAUCAGAUGGCCCCAAAGGACACAUCGCUAGCAUUGGCAAUGGUGUACUUCAUACUUUACUUCCAAUGGAACUGGGUCGGCCUUAUCAUCCCUGAUGAUGAAGAUGGCUAUCAGUUUCUGUCACAGUUGAAAAAAGAGAGCAAAGGCAAGGAAAUUUGCUUUGCCUUUGUGAAUAUGAUAGGAAUCUCUGAUAUUUUGACCUAUGCCACAACUGAAAUGAACUACAACCAAAUUAUGAUGUCAUCCACAAAUGUUAUUAUUAUUUAUGGGGAAACAAACAAUUUUAUUGAAUUGAGCUUCAGAAUAUGGGAAUCUACAGUUAUACAGAGAAUAUGGGUCACCACAAUACAACUGAAUUUCCCUACCAGUAAGAAAGACUUAAAUCAUGGCACAUUCUAUGGGACUUUUACUUUUCUACCCCACCAUGCUGAGAUUUCUGGCUAUAAAAAGUUUGUACAGACAUUGUUCCAUCUCAAAAGCACAGAUUUAAACCUAGAAAUGCAAGAGUGGAAGUACUUUAACUGUGAAGAUUCAGCAUGUAACUGUAAAAUACUGAUGAAUUUUUCAUCAAAUGCUUCAUUGGAUUGGCUAAUAGAACAGAAGUUUGACAUAACCUUUAGUGAUGGUAGCCAAAACAUAUAUAAUGCUGUGCAUGCCAUGGCCCAUGCACUCCAUGAGACAAAUCUUCAACAGGUUGAUAAUCAGGCAAUAGACAAUGGAAAAUUAUCCAGGUAUCCCUGCUUUAAGGUAAACUCCUUUCUGAGGAAGACCCACUUUACUAAUCCUCUUGGGGAUAAAGUAAUAAUGAAACAUAGAGUGAUACUGCAGGAAGACUAUGACAUUUUUCACUUUUGGAAUCUCUCACAACACCUUGGGAUUAAGGUGAAGUUAGGAAAGUUCAGCCCAUAUUUUCCACAUGGUGAAUACUUUCACUUAUAUGUAGACAUGCUUGAGUUGGCUACAGCAAGGAGAAAAAUGCCAUCCUCUGUGUGCAGUGCAGAUUGUGGUCCUGGAUUCAGAAGAUCCCGGAAGGAGAGAGUGGCAGCCUGCUGUUUCAUUUGCAGCCCCUGCCCUGAAAAUGAAAUUUCUAAUGAGACAAAUAUGGAUCACUGUGUGAAUUGUCCAGAAUACCAGUAUGCCAACACAGAACAGAACAAAUGCAUUCAGAAAGCUGUGAUAUUUCUAAGCUAUGAAGACCCCUUGGGGAUGGCUCUUGCCUUAAUGGCCUUUGGCUUCUCUGCAUUCACAGCUCUGGUACUUUGGGCGUUUGUGAAGCACCAUGACACUCCUAUUGUUAAGGCCAAUAACAGAAUCCUCAGCUACCUAUUACUCAUGUCACUCAUGUUCUGUUUUCUGUGCACCUUUUUCUUCAUUGGUCAUCCUAACAGAGUCACCUGUGUCUUACAGCAAAUCACAUUUGGAAUUGUAUUCACUGUGGCUGUUUCCACAGUUCUGGCCAAAACAAUCACUGUAAUUCUGGCUUUCAAAUUCACAGGCCCAGGAAGAACGUUAAAAAACAUCUUGGUAUCUGGGACACCCAAUUACAUUAUUCCCAUAUGUUCCCUAUUUCAAUGUAUUCUGUGUGCAAUCUGGCUAGCAGUUUCUCCUCCAUUUGUUGAUAUUGAUGAACAUUCUGAGCAUGGAAACAUUAUUCUUGUAUGUAACAAGGGCUCAGUUACUGCAUUCUACUGUGUACUGGGAUACUUGGCCUGCCUGGCACUUGGAAGCUUCACUGUGGCUUUCUUGGCAAGGAAUCUACCUGACGCAUUCAAUGAAGCCAAAUUCCUGACCUUCAGCAUGCUAGUGUUCUGCAGUGUCUGGGUUACCUUCCUCCCUGUCUACCAUAGCACCAAGGGCAAGGUCAUGGUUGCUGUAGAGAUUUUCUCCAUCCUGGCAUCCAGUUCAGGGAUUCUUGGAUGUAUCUUUGCACCCAAGAUCUACAUCAUUUUCUUGAGACCUGAGAGAAAUUCUAUCAAAAAAAUCAGGGAGAAAUCACAUUUCUGAAGAAAUAUUUCUAGAAUUCUUUCAAAUGAGAAAUUGGUACAUACCUACCAAAUACUGGGUUACAAUGCAUGUAUUCAGUUUUAGAAUCACUUUUACUGGAUCCUGUAGUAAUGUCUAGAAGUAUCAUAUCUAUUCAUCUUGCAUGCAUUGUGCAUAAAAUCUUGCACUCAUUCACUUGAUUCAUU